CCCAUAACAAGCAUCUCCCCGCACUCCGUUCCCAGCCAUCUAUCCAUCUCCGCCGGUGAAUAUAUUGUUACCAUCUCCGCCGGAUAGACACCUCAUCCGUUGAACAUCAUGCCUCCCAAACAACGUCAAUCCCUCCGUCCGCCGCCGAUGCGGCGCUCCGCUACUCCCCUCCCGGGGAUGAACAUGACACGUUCCGUCCUGCCUGCCGAAAUCAUCGCGACAAUCCUAGACUACCUCCCUGUGCGGGAUCUGUUAUCGUUCGCACGUGUGUCGCACCGCCUGCGCGACAUGGUCUACGAUGAUACCCGCUGGGUAACGAAGUUGCAGCUGAUGGAGGUCUGGAACGAGACCGAAGCUCGCAAGCGUUUUGAAGAUGCUAUGUGGAAGAAACGGGCGGCGGAUGCUGCGAAGAGGGCGGCGGAGGAGAAGAAAUUCGCCGAAUCGAGAGCGGCUGCCGCCGCUGGAAAGGGAAUUACUGUUUUUGAUGCUGUGGAGGAGUCCGAGAAGGCGAAAGCUGCGGCUGCUACUGCUGCUGCUGCUCCGGCGGCGACUGCAGCGGUCACCGCUGGUCUCGACUUGAUGAGCGUUUCUGCGUCUGGGACGGAGAUCUCACGGCCGGCGCUCAUGGAUAAGGGGAGCUUGUUGACGGUGCUGAAGAGUGUGCGUAGUAUUCGCGGAUUUGCACGACAUGAAUUCGGAAGGAUUUAUGGAGCUCUGGGGCCGCUGUAUCUGGAUCUGGUCAUGGCUAGCACUCAUGCCGAUCCGAUCGUCUUCCAGAUGUAUCGGGAUCCUGAGGAGCAGGCGCAGAUGCUUGCACAGCUGAAGAGGUUCGCGGAGUACGACACUGCGGUAGGCUGGUCGGAACGCACGGAUAGACUGAAAGCUAUGAUGGAAGUUUUUGAGAACGCGGCACUGAGGGAGUUUGAGGGCGGCUUCGAUACCGAAGAUAUCGACGGCCGCAUGAAGAGAUAUGCGAAUGUGCUCAUUCUGCUGAACGGCGGGCAAGCAUGCAUUCAACUUUUUGUGCAGAAACAUCCGGUGCUUUAUAAUAAGGAAGAGCUCGGAAACCCGAUGGAUUGCUUCGAUGAUUCAACGGAGGGAACAUUCUCUUUGGAACCGGCGAAAGUGUUUUGGCAGAAGCUCGCGGAAGUUCUGAAGAAGCAGGCGAGUAUCAUUGAAAGGGUUUUCCCCCAAGAGGUCAACGUCAUGCUACCAUUCGUCGAGCGUGUUGCGGAAGAUGUCAUUUCCGAGUAUGUUACUCCGGUGCUCGACGAGGCGCACAACCGCGAUGUGGAGACGUACCUCAAGGCUGUGACGGGCCUUCUCAAGCAGAGUGUGGACUUUGGGGAUUCUCUGCAGCCUGUUCUGUGCAAGGUUUCUGCCGACGGCACCGCGAAGGAGGUGCUGAACGUUCUCAUGCGAGUCUUUGAUGCGCACGUGGAUCUCUAUCUUCAGGAGGAACUCGACUAUUGCAAAAAGAAAUUCAGCGAGGAGGUAGAAACGUGGGGGAAAAUCAUCCAGCGACAAGACGAAGCCACCGAAUCGUUUUUCAUGAGUAACGUCAACCGGGAGGCCGAAAAACGGGACUUUUUGACCACUUUUAAGAAGGUUAUCCUCGCGCCUGUUUCGGUCAUACCCUCGGCGUUCGGCAAUGUUAGGCCGACAAGUGUCAUCAGUACUAUCGACUCGAGGUCUGUGUCGGACACUCCUUACGCCACGGAUCAAGACUGGAAUGCGAACAACAACAAUAGAGCAUCGGUGAUAAGUAAUUCGUCGGAGGAUUACUUCGCCAAUAGGAAUAGAGCAUUGUCUGUUGCGAGUGGACUCAGCGGUAGAGCUUCGCCCGCGCCCUCUGUGAUGGUAGCGCCCACCUCCGAACUGGCUGCUAAAGCUGCCAUCAUAAAUACGAAGCUUCAGGGAAUCAGUGGCCUGUUUAGUCUCGAUGUAGCGUUGAAGCUUGUGCACAUGGCUAAGGAGAGUUUGGAACGUGCUGCGGUGUUUGCUAAAACUGGAGGACAAACUGGAGAGGAAGCCCGUGAGCAAUGCGAAGCUAUCUUUGUUGCGCUCCUCCAAGUCCUUGGUCCUCGACACGUCAAAGCAGGCUUCGACAAGGCCGUCGAGCAUCUAGGAAAAUACAACCCUCGCGAAGUUGCCCACACAUCCAACGGUGUUGCACCGCUAGUCACCUUCCUCGAGCUCGUCAAUAUUGGUGAUCUGAUUCAACAGAUGAUUGAUGUUUUCUACGAGCAAGAGCUGGUAGCUGCACGAUUGACGGAUCGUAAUGAUUUCCUCAAUCCUGCUGCGAAGGAAAAGAAACGCUUCGAGCAAAUGCUGGACGAGCGUGUCGCAGCCGGGCUCAACGUCGGAAUCGAUGUGCUAAUCGACGAGUUGGAGCACAUCUUUGCCACUACACAACAAGUAACCGACUUCAAUCCGGGGGCGUUGGGGGAAGUCGGAGCGGCAGAGAAGCGGCAAACUAUGGAUAUAGGUCCCAGCCCGACGGCGGUUAGGAUUGUGGAGAUCGUCGAGACUCACACAAAGCUAUUGACUGGAAGCACUGAUAAGAAUGUUCUUGAUGUGUUUAACCAAGAAGUGGGCCUCAGGUUGUUCGCCACCGUCUGUAAACACAUAAAACGACAGCGGAUCUCCAUAGAUGGCGCCAUCAGGUUGAUUUCGGACGUAAAUCUCUACAAUAGCUACAUCGAAGGGCUCAAGCUCCGACCGCUAAUCCCGUACUUCACCGCGCUCCGAGAGCUCACACAAAUCUAUUUAAUCGACCCCGAGCAUGCGAAGCAGAUGGCCACAGUCAUUGCAGAUCCGCAGAGGUUUGGCGGGAUCUUUAGAGUGGAGGAAGUUUAUGAGUAUGCGACUAGACGCGAGGACUGGUAUAGAGUCAAGAAGGAUGUUGAGAGGGCUAUGUAUGGCAUUGGAUGUAGCGUUAUGUAGAUAGAGCAAGCGUUGAAGCUUUGGCGUUUGGGUGUAUGGCGAACAUUUGAGCUGGGUGUUUUUCUUUCCCUUCUUUUAGUGGAUUGCAGCCAGCUUGCUUGUAGUGAUAGUGAUAGCUGGGAUAAAUUUCCUGGUAAUAGAAUCGAGUCUAGAA